AUGGAAGAGGAACUAGAUAAACUAAAAACAGUUCUUCGUUCCCUUGUCGUAUCCUCACCCGUACAAGUAGAUGUACGGGCUUUAUUACGUGAUUAUAAGGAAAUGAUUGGUACUCCACUGCCUAUACAUAAAUUUGGACAUCGCGAUCCCAUGGAAUUUUUAAAAGAGCGAUGUAGUGACUCUUUCUUAUUCCAGGGAACAACAAAUAAUCCAAUUUUAACACUAAUAGUGCCAGAGUCAAUAAAGCAUAUUGAUAGAUUGGUACAGAAACAAAAGUCUCAUAAUACUAAGUAUAAAGGGAAACGAAGAAGUGUUAUGAAAUCAACAGUCACAUCAUUAAAUAGUGAGUCUAACCUUAUUGUUAAGACUUUUCCAAAAAAAUAUGUUGGAAGUGAUACAUCAACUCCAAAAAUUGGGGUCAGCAAUCAAAAUGUUAAUAAUACAAAAGAGAACCCGGGACAGAGCAUGCAUAAUGGAGUGGUUGACAUAACUCUAAAACAAAGGGAACAACAACAUGUAGAACAUGAAAGACCUGUUAGCAACAGUAUUAGAUACACAAGGGGCCAUCACAGUGGAUACAAUCAGCAUGAUUCUGUGUCCACCUGCUCAGAACAUGAUUCAGCAAGAGACACUCUUUCAAGUAGUAGCAGUAGCAAGCAAAUGCAGCUGGAAAAAUUGUUGGAUGAAGUUGCCACCAUUGUUUUGCAGAAUCCAGACGGUCUCUGGGCUACUGACAUAUUGAAGUGUUACAGACAGAGUUACGGCUGCGAGUUGAACUUAAUACGAUUUGGGUACACGAGCAUCGUGAGUCUGCUGCAGCAAGUACCAGGCGUGUCAUCUGCGCAAGUGCUCGGUGGCGAUUGGCGCGUGUGGGCUGGUGACGUCCCGCCUCGCCUUCCGCCCGCGUCGCCUCCUCCGGUGCUGCGCCCACGCACACCCACCCCCGACCCCGACGAUGCGCUGCCCGGUGUCCAGUUUGACCCAGACGUGUUCCCGUCGGACUGUCUGCAUUACACGGAGAGCAUCCCAAGCGCGGAACAAGACGGAGUGCGACCCGGGGACAUGUUAGACGUGCUGAUCGGGGAAGUGUAUUCGCCAUCGCACUUCUGGCUUCUGCGCCUCGGCGAGCAAAACAGUGCCAUGGAAGACAUCAUGGAUGAGAUGAACCGGUACUACGAUGGCGGUGCGGAGGGUGAGCGACGACUGGCAACAGGCGCCGUGCGAAGGGGCCACUAUUGCUCUAGUCGCUACGAGGGCGACUGGCAUCGAUCCCUUAUUGUCAAAGUGAUAGACUGUGACACAGUUAAGGUCCGCCACGUGGACUAUGGGACGGUGGAGCGUGUAGAGUCGCAAGCCUUGCGGCCGAUGCGCCGCGAGUGGGGGAAGCUGCCGGCGCAGGCCGUCCGCGCACGCCUGUCCCGUGUGCAGCCACCCAACGGUGCCCGCCGCUGGCCACAUGGCGCCGCCACUGCUUUUCUAUCACUCGUCGCACAGAAGCCGCUCGUAGCUGCGGUCGCUGCCGUCGACUCCGAGAACAAUGUUCUGGAAGUGGUCCUCGUGGAUACUUUGACGGAUGUAGACGUGUACAUAUCGGACGAAUUAGUGCGCGCCGGACAUGCCGAUCCGCGUUUCACUGUUCCUGUCUUCUCGGAGCCGUACUUGUCACCCUCUUUCGACGCCCUAGAGAAUGGCGACACACUCAACUACGCUGAGAUCAGCGCCUACUUGCGCGACGGCGUCGUGCUCGAUUUCCUCGACGAAUAUCGCCGCCACGUUCCCUCCGCCCUGCCCUCUCCUCCCCCCUCGUCUCCUCCCCCCUCGUCUCCUCCUGCGCAACCCACGCACACCCUCGCUGUGGCUCUAGAGAGCAUGAAUAUGACAGAGACAGUUCCGCAAGAGCAGGAUGUGCCGGUAGGGGAGAUAGAAUUAUGGAACAGAGCGGGAGAGCAUUGGCGGGAGGAAACACAAGCGAACUGGGACCCGUCCCGACCCGUCCCUGGGACGGACUGGCAGAAUAGCGUAGACGCACAUUUGCAAGCACAUUUGUAUUGUUCACAACUAGACAAAGAUGUCGUGAGUAUACCAGUACGUGUAUGCCAAACGUUCAAACAGCUGCACGGAAUAAACCCGCUAAUGGCACUGCAUUACAUAACAAAAGCGAUUGACCUCGCCUCGGCUCCCGUUAAUGUGGCCCCUCCACCUGGUUUCGGCCCUCACCGCUUUUGUCCCUCGCCGCCGGGACUCUAG